CAACACUAAUUUAGUCACCAACCAGUACAAUAAAACAAGGGCUAUUUCAACAGUCUCAAGAAAAGGAGAGCAUAGGCCUAUAUAUAUUAAUGCCAAGAAAAGCAUGCUACACCCCGGUCGCAAAAAGAAAGAGCUGCCUGUCACUAGUAGUUAUACACAAUAUAAGCCAAACAUACAUCACUACUGAGAUGGAGAGAACAGAUUCAAUAUUUCAGCCCCCAACUAAUGAGAAAUAUAUUACAGUCCUUAGCAUUGAUGGUGGUGGAGUAAGAGGUCUGAUCCCAGCUGUCAUCCUUGAAUUUCUUGAAGCUAAACUUCAGGAAAAAGAUGGAAAGGAUGCAAGAAUAGCAGACUAUUUUGAUAUAAUUGCUGGGACAAGUACUGGUGGUCUCAUUACGGCUAUGUUAACAGCUCCAAAUGAGAAAAGGCGUCCUUUGUUCUCGGCUCAGGAAAUCAAAGAAUUCUACCUCCAACACUGCCCUAGGAUCUUCCCUCAAGAUUGUGUUAGUGAUAAGGGUCCACUGUAUGAUGGACAAUGCCUCCAUGACACCAUAAGGGAGUAUCUUCCAGACAAUAUCAAAUUAGGAGAUACAUUAACAAAUGUAGUUAUUCCAGCCUUUGACAUCAAUAAACUCCAGCCAGUUAUCUUUUCCAGCUAUGAGAUUAAGGAAAAACCAUACAUGAACUUUAAGCUGUCGGAUAUUUGCAUAGCAACAUCAGCGGCGCCAACAUAUCUUCCUCCCCAUUAUUUUGAGACUGAACGUGAGAAAAAAAAGAUUGAAUCUGAGACCACAGACGAGAAAAAGAAGAUUGAAUACCAGACUAUACAGGAGAAAAAGAAGAUUGAAUCUGAGACCAUACACGAGAAAGAGAAGAUUAAAUUUAAUCUUAUUGAUGGUGGCGUGGCAGCAAAUAAUCCGGUAACAAUACUUUCGCGCACUAUGGUACAUGGAAAAUAAUCAGCCCAUGUUUGAACUACGCUUUCUUUACUUAUUUUUUGUUGACAAUCACAACAUGAAGUUUAAACUCACAAAAAGAACAAAUAACAAUUUAUGAAGACCAGUGACAACAAAUGGGCUUCGCCAUUUGAA